ACCGACUGUACAAUCCAACACAAUAACGACAACUCUCGCGCUCUAGGUUUGCGCGCGAAAGAAGCUCGAGCUGCGCUCCCAGCGCUCGCGCGUAUAAUCAAUGCAGCUUAAGCCUGAGGAUUUACCAGCUUAAAUAUCUGCUACAUGUAAAGGAGCCUCUCGUGCAAGGCUCUGGUACAACAUCCCCAGCCAACUCGCUGUAAGCGGCGGACUUGCGGAACUGUCAUUACUGUAUCAGUCAAAUACUUACGAUGAAAGGGUCGACGGCCUGACCCGAUUCGCAAAAUCGUUUCUCGUCGCGCGACACGCUGCCGAUAUGGCGCCAGCGGCAUUAUGUUGGACUUGAAGGCACCAGGCAGCUGAACAACUUGGAGCUUUGGCAGCCGGGUGGCUCGGGGACACGAUGCGUGCGCGCCCAACGGCAGCCGGGCGGUGGCGGGCGGGCACCUGCGCACCCGCCCUUACGCACCGGCAACUAGCUGCCCUUGCGCUCUUGGCGAUGGGCCUGGCGCUACCCGCAGCAACAUCGGCAAUGCGCUUGUGGCCGGACCUGGGCCUCUGGGGCCACGGGGACGUUGGCGCUGCCCACGGUGCUGGCGGGAGUGCCCAGGCGGGCUUCCGCGGCGCCUACGACUGGGAUGCGGAGGCGCGGGAGGAGGCGGAGGCGGCGGACAGCGGCGGCCUGUUCCACCUGCUGCGUAAGCUGCUGCAGGAGGAGGAGCAGGCUAGCAAACUGACGGAGGAGAAGGACCCGGUCACGGGGUGUCCGCUGCCCAAGGUGGACAUGGAGAAGGACCGCUACAGCUGUGUGAUGUGGAAGAAGGUGUGUGUGGACCAGAACGUGAUUGUGUCGUACGACCCCGAGACGCACCCCAAACACAGCAUGGGCACCCUCCCCUACCUCAACAUUACUGAGAUCAUGUACAACCUGCCCUCCAAGUACGGCAUUGGCGACCGCUACCGCAAGGGCAGCGCGCUACGCUUCCCCGCGCUGUACGUGCGGCCCUCCAACGACAUGGAGGAGGAGCCGGAGCUGCAGGGCGACCCCCAGUUCAGUGUGUGCACACUGCCCGUGCUGCUGUACGCGCACUACCCCUUCAACGCCGCGGAGACGUACCGAUACAUCUUUGAGAAGCUGGUCACACUGCAGCUGGCCGGCUUCUUCAACAAGCACGUGACGCUGGUGCCGGGUGUGCCGCCUGGCACCCGCGUGCCCUCCUACACCAAGUUCUGGUACGGCUCCCUGACGGACAAGGCCGUCAUCUCGCUGUCGGAGCUGUCCGCGCGCAAGCCGUCCAGCGAGCCCUCCAACGCCACCUGGGAGGGCCGACACAUCCGCUGCUUUGAGACAAUGCUGGGCUGCCGCGUGCGCUACGACCGCUACGGGCUCAAGUUCUACCGAGCGGCGCAGUACGUCGUCGACCACUACAAGCCGCAGUACCUGGCCCAGAGCGCCUCCUUCGAGCAGCGCCUGUUCGCCAGCCACAAGGUGGUGAUCCCGGAGGACCCGUCAGUGCUCAAGCUGGUCUUCAUCAGCCGCAACGACGACCAGUCCGCGGUGGGCCGCACCAUCCUCAACGAGCAGGAGCUGGUGCAGCUGUGCAACGCCGCGCCCGCCGGCGACCUGCCGCCCGCCGCCUGGGGCUCGCCUUACAAAAAGUACUUGUGCUUUGCGCACACGUUCGGCGAGAGCCAGCUGAUGGACGUGUGGGUGAUGCGCAAGGUGGACGCCAUUCUGGGCAUGCACGGCGCCGGCCUGACCAACGGGCUGUACAUGAAGCCGGGCGGGGCCAUCAUCGAGGUGCGGCCCUUCGGCUUCAGCGGCCGCGAGUCAUGGGCCAACCGCUACGCGCGCUUCAAGGCCUCCAGCCCCGCGGAGGUGCCCUGGCCCAUCCACUGGUACGGCAUCGACACCUUCAACGCCUCUCUGUCGGAGCCGGGCAUGUUCGAGAAGGAGGACAAGCCGCACUUCUCCAAAUUCCGGGUGAUCAAGGCGCGCGACCGGCACGUGCGCAUCACGUGGCCCUCCAUGCGGCACAUGCUGCUGACGGUGGCGCUGUCCGCCCGCACGCACGCGCGCUACAUGUCGCUGCGCUACGGCGGCUCCUACUACAUCACCGACACCCUGGAGCAGGCGGAGUGGCCCGGCAACGACCCGCACGUCAAGAAGGACUUGCAGCGCAACUUCACGAGCAUACAGGAGGAGUGGGACAUGGCGCUGAAGAUCCCCGUGGACCAGGCAGCCUUAGAUUUCGCCGCAGUACCAGACAAGCUUUAGAGGCACAGCGACGAGGUCGAAUGCUAGGCAGGGCUAAUAGCAUGGCUGGAUACUUGUACUGGAGCGGCGAGCGUAGCAUGUGGGGCUCUGGUGUACACAGUGCUUCAAGUGCCGUACAGGGGCUUUCCACGGGUGCGACGGGUGCCCCCAUGGCGUGUUAAUGCCAUGCGUGUGGGCUUAGGAGCUAGCGAAGCGCCCGCAUGAGCCUGCCCGAGUUCCGCGAACUUCCUCGCGAAGUAUUGUUUGCAGUCGGCCAGCCCCCGCCUCGGGGCGAGCGUCUGCAGCCCGCACGAUGUCCAACUGCAUCUUGGCAGUAGUCAAAUCGCCAGGAUGGGAUAUUGGGAUGGAUGCUGAUUGAUGUACCAUACACGUUACUCAAUAGUCAAUACGCUAUCUGCAGAUUGCAACUUUGAUAAUCACGAGUCCAUCAACGAAAGCGGCGCCCCCCGUCCAGCCCAGCUGCCCCGGCGCCGCACCACUAGUGUCACGCUCUUCUGGGCUCCAUGUACAAGCAUACCUACCAGCCUCAGCAGCAUGGUUCUACGCCUCGCCCCCGCACAUCUUUGCACGAUCCUACAGUGAGGGUUAACGUAUUUGCCUGACACGGUGUGGGCAGGGGGGGGGUAGAAUCUUCCGAAACAGACCCCAUGCCUCAAAUGGAUAGAGCUCAACGAGAAAAUCACGAAUCCGCUUUCAAAAUCGAAAAUGGGUUUCUGGGUGCAAAGUUAUGACCCCUCAAAGUGGCCGGUCGGUCGGUCGGUCUGGGGGUCCCAAGAGGUUUUGCACAGGUUCGUGCCAAGUUUUGUUCCUAGCGCUUCUGUCCUGCAGCACGCGGCGCAAUGGGUGCAGCUCAACGAUGCGUGCGUAGGUAUACGCCAGACUCAGCACACGUGCAUAGUUUGGGGCAGUUUGGGGAGCGGCAUGUCGGCAUUUCGGGAGAUGCCUGGGGAACUGGUCAGGGACAGGCCGGUGCCGGCCGGGUUUUGCAUGGAUGAACGUGUCAGCACAUUUCGUAUCAUCAAGUAACAUUGAAGUAAGCCGUUGCAUAGCAGGCCAGUCUAUCAGGAUACUUGU